CGCACCGCCUCCCGCGGGCAGGCCGCCGGCGCCUGCCCUGGUCUCUGUUGCGUGGAAAGGCCUUUAGGGGCAGCCAUGGAGCGAGCGCUCAAGUCCAGCAUCUGGAGGGCCGUGGGGCUGUCACCCGCGAAGUGCGGCCGUGGGUGGUGGGGGGUGAGAUACCGCUCCGCUCGGGAGCAGCGGCCCCCGGCCUUGGGUGGGGAUGAGGAAGGGCCACCCCGAGGCAGGAAUGGCAGAGGUCAGCUUCCCCCACUGGCCCUCCCGGAGGUUUCUGGAGCGGUGGCAGGCUCCCGUACCUCCCACGAGGGCCUGGCCCCACAGAGACGGCCACGGCCGUGGCACGUGUCGUAUGAGAGAGGGCCCAGGCGGGCUGCAGCAGCCAACAGGGAGUUGUGGAGCUCGCAAGAGACUGACUUCUCGAGGGCGAGGAAGAGGCUGGAAGGAAAGCCUCUGUCCAUCGAGAGGACUAAAGGCUCAGAGAUCUUGUUUGGGAUCGCGCCGUGUUCCCUGGCCCUCUCUCAGUCGAGAAGGGACCUGUUCAGGUUGUUCCUCAAGCAGAGCAGCGGCUCUCGGCGGCUUGUUAUGAGCGAGUUUGUCCUUCAGGCCACGGCCCGGGGAGUCCCCGUGCAUCACGUCAAAAGAAGAGAGCUGGAUGCUCUUUGCAGAGGUGGGGUCCACCAGGGAGUUUGUUUGGAGGCCACUCCUCUCCAUUUCAAGAGUUUGGAGGAAGCUGAAAAGCCUGAUUUGGGGGAUGAAGAGCGUCCGAACCGACAGCUGAUUUGGCUCGUGUUGGAGCAGAUCCAGGAUCCCAUGAACCUGGGGGCACUGCUGCGCUCUGCGUACUUCCUGGGGGUGGACAGAGUGGUGACAAGCCAGAGGAACAGCUGCCCCUUAACUCCGACAGUGAGCAAAGCUAGCUCUGGAGCUAUGGAAGUCUUCGAUGUCUACAGCACAGAUGAUCUCCGGAGCUUUUUGAAGGCUAAAACUGCAGAAGGCUGGGAAGUCGUGGGAACGGUCAGCAAGCCAGAGGAUGUGGAAAAUGUUCCUGUCAUCAGUUGCUUGGAAUUUCGGUGGAAUAAACCUGUCAUUAUAGUAAUAGAGCCCCAAACCUGGAUUUUCUGUGUUGACAAACCACAAACCUGAAUGAGAGACCCAAGAGGUAUGUGCUUGCUCUUGCUGUGCUGAGGUUGUAAUGGUGAGCUGUGCCAUGUCUUUGCUCUGUCAUGUUUCCCCUUAAAAAAACCCAGGAGUAUAUCUCUGUGCCCAGGUCUGGAAAGAAGCAUGAGGAGCUGUUGCUGGGGAUGACCUGAACACAAAGUUGGGCUUUGUGGCACGGAGACCAGUCAGCGGCUGCUUUUGUACACCUAGGAGAAGGCAGGGGCUGUUGGCUGCUGCGGUACCAGCAGGAGGAGCAGGCGUAACCUCCUCCCUGCCAGACCUGCGCACUGUUUGAGCAAUGGGUGCCGCUUUCCUGAGCACCUAAACUGGGUGAUUCCUACAGGGCCCUCUGCUUCUGCCCCCUCUUUGUGUGGAGGAUACUGGAAAAGGAUGCUGUCUUUCGUAGGCAGAGUUUGGGGUUGUGCAGCCUCCCAGAAGGUGAAGAGAAGGGGAGUAACAGCCUCGUGGCAGCUAGAGAAAGAAAUUCACGCAGGAGUGCUGCUCUAGGCACCCUUGUGCGGCCAUGCCGUAGCUCCCCACUUUGUGUCACCUGGCACAAGAGCUGGUUUGAGCUUUCACACUUGGAAGUAGUGUCAUGCUGGCGAUGAGCCAUCAAGGGGCUGUAAUCCUGUCCCGUGCUGUGGUUUUCUUGGCUCAGAAGACAUUCCUUUAAUUAAAAUGUUUAUUGAACUCCGAGAAAUACUGACAAGACAACGCCGCAAAUCUGGCAUCUCUGCAAGAUGUGUGGAGCUAUAUUAUAAAGGGAGUAGGGAGGCUGGCAGCACUGCUGAUGGACCACAAAGAAAUGCAUCCCAGAAACGACGACAACACCAGGAGAAAGGAAGGGGGUGAAAGCGGCAGUGGUGUCGUUACCUUGAAUUAUGAGAGAUUUCUCCAGGAAAAAGUCCAAAUAUCCUUUUGUCAAGGGAGAUUGGAGGCUGAUUGGUAGAUGCAUGAGGAGAGCUCCCGGACCUUGCAGCAGUAAUGAUUUCAACUCUCUGCUGAGCACUAACUCUUCGCUGAAAAGAAAAUUGAACAUUACAGUCGUCUGAUGCUGAGGUUGUUUGAAGAAACGUCCUAGAUCUGAAUAUGUAGCGUACCUGCAGCUGCAGAGAGCAGCAGAGAUAAUUUAGCAUGGUAGUGAGCUUCCUAGCCUUGCACAGAUUGUCUUGUAAGUUAAGCAUUUGCAGACUUGAAUUCACCCUCCUGGCAUCCUCGCUGGCUUGGCAGAGAGUGAUUUGGACAGUCCAGCUUAAUCUUGUCGGCACUGGAAUCAUUGCCGAAGGUGACAGGCAGGCUGGCUGCCCUGAAGACUGGGAGCCUUGUGCGAACAGGAACAGAUUGGGAGCAGUUAGAUGUCUGAGCAAGAAGAGUUUCUGGGUAAUUUGUUCUUCUUACACAUGCAGUCUUUAGCUUGGGGUUUAAGGCUAUUCAUGGAAUUGGUGGUUUUAUCAAGAUGCUCAUUUUGCAUAUUUCUCUGAACUGUCAGCAUGGCUGC